CAGGGGCGUGGUCAACCGAGCGAGCCGAGUGGGAAACACAUUGGCGCGGCUCGCCGGUGUAUUGUCCCCUUUAACGGGGAGAGACGGUGACAAGCGUGAAAAACAACAAAAAAACAGUCGUGCGCGUGAAUUAGUCGCCACAGAGCGACGACGACGACGACGGGCGGAGUGAACCUCCGCGUGUCUUCCAGCUGCUCUCCGACCUCGCACCCUCCGCAUCGACCAGCAGCCGCGAGCAGACCGCACGAGAGGGAGGCUCGGCCCCGGGAGGGGAGGGGAGAGGAGGGGAGGGAUGCGCGCAGCCGGAGGGAGACCGACAGAACCUCCUCAUCUCGGAUGAAACCUCGCCGGUGCCAUCAUCCAUCCCUCCGCUGCGUCACCGAGUGGGCGCUGCAGGUAUCCAUCUGCACAGCUGCACGCCGGGAAGUCGAGCCAUGGCACGAAUGACCUGGAAGCCGAAGUGAAUGAACCCUCGGAUCACGAUGGAGCCGGAGGCUGCUUCAAACUGCAAGGCCCGCCACCAAGGACCGAAGUAUCCCUCUUUACCCAGCUCUCAGUGUGAACUGGCCAUGGGUGAUGGACACAUCAACCAUGUGGACUCAGCAGUGAGAGGUGGGUGUGACCCCAGUGCGUCCCCCUCAUCCAGCUACCAGAGCAACGUGCAUCAGAGAUUCGUCAGGAGGAGCCUGUGGUUUUCGGACACAGACGAGCAGGCGUUCGAGGCGCCUGAGUGCGACAACAGGAGCAAGGUCCUGAACAUUAACCUGCGAACAAUAGUGGACAGGACCCGGGGGACUAGUUGCGGCAUACAAGAGGGGUCCAGCACUGAGAGCCAAGGUAGGCAAAAAGACAACGGUGCCACAGAGAGCGCCAGCGAGGAGAAGGAGAAAGGUGGAGAUGCGCUAAGCGCUGCGUGCAGCGAUGGCGCCAAAUCCGCCAUCAAGGCAUCCAGCGAGGAGAAUGAGGAGGAGGCAGAGAUGAAGGCGGUCUCCACGUCUCCGGGAGGAAGGUUCCUCAAAUUUGACAUUGAACUGGGGAGAGGGUCCUUCAAGACUGUCUACAAGGGCCUGGAUACGGAGACCUGGGUGGAGGUCGCCUGGUGUGAGCUGCAGGAUCGAAAACUGUCAAAAGUGGAGCGUCAGCGCUUUAAGGAGGAAGCGGAGAUGUUGAAGGGUCUUCAGCAUCCCAACAUUGUCCGUUUCUAUGACUUCUGGGAGUCGCCCCUUAAAGGGAAGAAGUGCAUUGUCCUAGUCACAGAGCUCAUGACGUCAGGGACGCUAAAAACCUAUCUAAAGCGUUUCAAGGUCAUGAAGCCCAAGGUGCUGAGGAGCUGGUGCAGACAGAUCCUGAAAGGCCUCCACUUUCUCCACACCAGGACCCCACCCAUCAUCCACAGGGACCUCAAAUGUGAUAACAUCUUUAUUACUGGCCCUACAGGAUCUGUGAAGAUAGGGGAUUUAGGACUGGCAACCCUCAAGGCAGCUUCCUUUGCUAAGAGUGUCAUCGGCACUCCUGAGUUCAUGGCUCCAGAGAUGUAUGAGGAGCACUAUGAUGAGGCAGUGGACGUCUACGCCUUUGGCAUGUGUAUGCUAGAGAUGGCCACCUCAGAGUACCCCUACUCCGAGUGUCAGAACGCUGCUCAGAUUUACCGCAAAGUCACAAGUGGAGUGAAGCCAGGCAGCUACAACAAGGUCAUGGAUCCUGAAAUCAAGGAGAUAAUAGGAGAGUGUAUCUGCCAAAAGAAAGAGGAGCGGUACACCAUCAAGGACUUGUUGAACCAUGCUUUCUUUGCUGAGGACACAGGUGUGAGGGUCGAGCUAGCUGAGGAGGACGAUGGGAAAAAGGCCUCAAUAGCCCUCAAACUGUGGGUGGAGGACCACAAGAAGUUAAAGGGGAAGUACAAGGAGAGUGGAGCCAUCGAGUUCACGUUUGAUCUGGAGAAGGAGGUCCCUGAGGUUGUGGCACAAGAAAUGGUGGACUCUGGCUUCUUCCAGGAGAGUGAUACUAAGACUGUGGGAAAGUCCAUCAGGGACCGCGUGGCACUGAUCAAAUGGAGAAGAGAGAGAACCGUGUCCGCUGCAGUUGCAGUGGAUCAGGGUGAAGGAGGACACCGGGUCCAGAUGACACCGUCUCAAGGCGUCUCUGCUCUGGGUGCACACGUAGGACAACCCCUUUUGCUGGAACCAGAAGAGCCAGAGGCAGACCAGCACAGCAGGCUGCGUAACCUACCAGCCAGUGUCACCUCAGUCACAUCGGAUGGCACACUUGACAGUGGCAUGGGCUCCACUGUGUACUCGGACUCCCACAGCAGCCAGCAGAGUGUCCUCUACCAGUCCCUGCUGGAGCCUAUUACCAUGGCAACACAGCAGUGCCAGAGCAGUUGCCCUUUUCUGACAGAUCGGCCUCACUCCUGUGAAAAGGGUCAAAUAUGGGGGGCAGCACUGAGCCCAGACCUCAGGACUCGAUUGGGAGCUGCAGCCCGGAGAGGAAGUGCCCCUGUUAUUGACACACACAUGGCAAACUACAAUGCUCCACUCCAUGCCUUCAGUCAGUCCUGGAGAUCGAUGAGUCCCACCCCGACAGUACCAGAGAACCUUUCAGAAACUGGGGACGGGUUCCCCUCGCAGAGGAUUCUGCCACUGCUGCAGGUCUCCCCUGUCUCUUCACUCUCUGAGUGCCGUCGCCUUAGUGACACCAGCAUCGGACUGGCAUCGGAGGCCAGUGAGAACUUAACACUGCCUGUGCCGAGUGGACGCAGACACUCUGACCUCAGCAGUCUACUGAGUUCUCAUCAUAACUACCAUUUUGCAAUGCAUAAAACCCACAUGUGUCAGGCCUGCCUUUAUUUGCUUCUCUUGAGGUCACGCGAAGGGAGCCACCACCAUCCUUCUGUUGUCAUGCCAGCACAACACUGUCCCUGUGACUUUAGACACCACCCGUCCUCUGGUGGAACAACGACCACCCCUGGUUACGGUCGGCAGAAAGGUUCCAGUGACUGCUCUGAUUUCUCACUGCUGCAGAAGUCCCUUUUCAAUAUAACCGGCCGCAAAGCAUCCCCUUGUCACACCCCACCCAGCCAUGCCUCAUUGCUGCACCCCUCAGCUGCCCAUAGGUCUGCCCGCAGUGAUGGAGACAGCAGCCAGAAGAUUCAUCUCCUGAGUGGCAGUUCUGUUGUGGAUCAAGAAUCCUUCCUGGACAGCAAAGAUAGAUUCAAUGCCAGAGAGCAGCAAGAGACUGGGGCUGUGGGAGUGACCAGUUCUGCCGGGCACCAGAAUCAACAUUCUGUCCAGGGCCUGCCUUCAUCCAGCACACCGAUGAAUACACCACUGCAGUACCUCCAGCCUGGACAGAGUUACCCUACUGCUCCAUAUGCUGGUCCACCAAGUGCUGCAGCACCAGCUCCAGCUAGUCAAUGUUUAGUCAACAUCCAGCAUGCAUGCAGUGCUGCUAGUUAUGCACCUCCAAUUGUGCAACAGACCCAAGCUUCAGCUGUGCCACAGCAUUUUGCACAGAGCCACCAAGCACCAGGCUAUCAACAGCAGCAGGCAGCAGCGGCAAGCUCUUUAACUUUUCCUCUGCUAGUCCAGCAGACGUGUCAGAACUGUGUGGCUCCCACGCAACAACAGGGUCAGUCUGCAUCAGGAUUUCCUGCUCCAGCAGCAGCCAGCCUGCCAGCACAGCAGCCUCUUGCAUCUGUAGGCGCAGCUAUGGCAGCCACAGCCCAGUGUCAACCUGCACAAGCUCCCAGCACACUGCAGCACGUCCAAGCUGCAGUCAACCUGCCAAGUCAGCAGCCUGGUCAGAGCUCCUUCACACCAGCACUUUACAGCCAACAGACACCGGUUCAGCAAGAGCACCAACAGCCCUUACAGCAAAAUACUCAAUCCAGUGUACAACAAACACACAAUGCUGGACAGGCUUACAUUCAACCUCAACUCCAGCAUAACCAAGAUACUGUGCAUCCCAUAAAUCAACAAAUGGCACAACAGCUUACCCAUCAAUCUCAAAGUCUCCACGUGUCUGCUCAGCAACAAUUGCACACCCCAACUCUUCAGCAGCACGGCCAGAAGGCCAUGCAAACCGUGGUUCCACAGCAGAGCCAGGAUCUAUCCCAGUCUACAGUCCAACAGGUUCAGACUCCAGCUCCUCAGCCUCCUUCCACAGCGACCCCAGUUGUGCAGGUUGCAGCCACACAUCAGUGUUAUCCUGCUGCAGGUUUACCUGAUGCUGCCUUGCAUAGCUAUGCACACUCUGCCCUCAAUACCCUCCAGCAACAGACUGCCCCAGCUCAGAGCCAGUACCAGUCCACUGCUGCUCGACAGACCUAUGGGGGUGCUUCCCAGGUAGUGACUCCCCAGAGCCUCGCUGCCUCUUCCCAGCAUUGCCAGGCUGCACAUAUUUCUCAACAGUUCCCACCCUAUCUUUGCCUCGCUGCUUUCCUGAAUCAGAAUAUUCCUGUUGGUCAGAGUAUGUCACAGCUUGGACAAGAUGGACAUCUCAGCCAAACCCAGGCACUUCCUCCUCAAAAGCCAAUGGCUCAGGCUACUGUCCAUCAACAACUCCAACCUCUGCAGAUAUCAACCUCUCUACCGCCAACACACCCACCCAAGUUUCCUUCACAGUAUCCCACAGUCCAGGUGAUGACAGCUGUGACUGACUGUGAAUCCUCCUAUCCUCACCCCUGCACUGCCCCUCACCCGUCAACCUCGUCUUCUCUUAAUCACAUCUUCCUUUCUCCUGCACAGACCCUUACCCCGACCCCCUCUGUCUCUCCUCUCUCCCCUUUGCACAUUGAAAAUGCUUUAGUUUCACCCAUCCCAGUUUCCCUCAUGCCGCCCACCUCACACAUGCUGGGUAAGAUGGAGCCCCCAUCUCCACAGCACCAGCCCAACACGGCUCUGAAGCAGAGUAUUAGAUGUGAAGCUUCUCAUUCCCAACCGGCACUUAUAUCGGCACUUACUACCCAUCCCAUACACACACACAUUUCUCCGUCCCAAAACACACACCCUCCCACAAAUGGCAGCACUCAGCCUCUGAUACAGCAGGUUCCCCAGCAGGCCCCAGUCAGCCAUCCUGAGCCAGUUCAGCCUGCACCUUUUUCCUCACCUCUGCAGGAUGGGGCUAAUCCAGGCGCAGCCACCACUGUUGCCAAUCUGGACAACAGCAACCCAUGCCAGCUGGCCCUGCAGGCCCAGACUCAGGCCCAGAGUCAGGUUCAGAGCCAAAUUUCUGUGCUGCAGCCCUCCGACUCCUUGAGAGCAUCACCCGGGUCUGCCAGUUCCAGUCUGACUCAGCAGAAACAUCCCAGUACUCUAAUGGGAGCUGCAGAGACCAACACAGAGGAUCAAGCCACAGAGAAACACACUGGAGGACAGAGCUAUGACAGUGUCAACUCUGAUGCUACGUCAGGGAAGGAGAUGAGCGAUGGUUAUGAGGGGACACACGGAGGUAAAGGUGAAGGGAAAGUCCGCAAACACCAUCGCAGGUCCACGCGCACUCGCUCUCGUCAAGAGAAGACUAGCAGGCCAAAGCUCAGCAUGCUCAACGUGUGUAACACCGGGGAUAAAAUGGUAGAGUGUCAGUUGGAAACUCAUAACCACAAGAUGGUCACUUUCAAGUUUGACCUGGAUGGAGAUGCACCGGAGGAGAUUGCCACGUACAUGGUGGAGAAUGAUUUCAUUUUACCUUUGGAGAAAGAGAUUUUCAUUGAGCAGCUGAAGGACAUUGUGGACAAAGCUGAGGACAUGCUGAGUGAGGACACUGAGGGUGAGAGGAACUCUGAUCAGGGAGGCAGUCCCAAACAGAGUGAGGGAGCUGACAUGCUGGGAACAGAGGCAUCAGCACCCAGCACACCACAGCUGGUGUAUCAACAAAAUGUCCUCCAUACUGGCAAGCGCUGGUUUAUCAUCUGCCCUGUAGCUGAAACGCCUGUGCCAGACAAAGAGAAGACCACAUCUGGCAUCACUGCUGCCCAGGAAUCUGAAAACUCUGCUUCACCGUCAGUCAGGCCCAACUGCAACACAGCUGCAGUGACUACCCCGGUCGCAUCUUUAUCUUCUCAAAACCCAUCCUGCUCCUCCUCCUCCUCUCUGCCGACUGCUGCUCAGACCUCAGUGCAACCUCCAGACCAAAACAUUGGCAAAGCGCGGGUCCAGCAGACUCAGCCCUGUGUAACUAAACCUGCACUUGCUGCUGCUGCUGCUGCAGGUGUCAGACACCAAAACCCCCUUCCUGUGGAAGAACCUUGCAUCUCUGUGGUCUCUAUGGUGACGGACAUACCAUGCUGUGCUAUUGUGCCACCUGUCUCUCUGGAUGUGAAUGCCCUUGAUAAAGGAGCAGCUAGUGGUUUGGCCUUGUCUCAGCCCAAUGAGAAGGCCAGUCCUACUGGAGAACUCCCUCCUCAGCUGGCCUCCCAUCAGUCUGUGGUCCUGCAGCAACCCUAUGCCACACCGAUUCAGCCUGGGACAGUGACCUCCCAGCCCCAGAGUCCCGCACAUCAGAACUCCCAGUCAUCAAGCAACCAGCAGCCAGCGAGUGGGGGGCCAGGAGAGUCAGACAGUGAGGGACCACGUAGGGUUGAGUUUGUUGACCGCACCAUCAAGACUUUGGAUGAGAAACUGAGAAACCUGUUGUACCAGGAACAUGCUCCCACCCAACCUUCAAGCACGGCAACUGACCCGCUGGCCCCAAGCACAGAGGGAGUCAGCUCCUCUCCAGUCGCAGACGGCCAGAGCACCGAGGGAGCACUUACAAAGAAGAAAGGGGACCCACUGCCUCAGAUUCCAGAGCGCACAGAUAGUGUGGGUGCACUAAGUGACUCUGCAGUGGCAGCUGCUAACAGUGUUUUGAAAGAAAGAGACGUAACUGCCAGUUCGUCUUCAUACAGCUCCAAAAGCCGUUUUCAAAUCGUCCCUGCUUCACCGGAUGUCAUUUGUCAUUUAGAGAAAAGUAAGAUGAUCCACAGUUCCCCGGCACCCUCUAGUGGUUCUGGAGGGUCUCACAGUCAGACCCAGGUCCCAGGCAGGAAAGAGGGGGUUGUCUGGGGCUGUGUGGCUGUGGGCCAGUCCUCUGUGACAGCUACAGCUGAAGAGGACAAUGCAGGAACAUCCAAAAGCCACGGUACUCACCGCUACUCUGCCCCACCAAACUUCUACAAAGCCACCCCCAAAUCCAGCCCCGAUGUCACCCCUUGCCAUAUCCCCCGGGCACAGACCAUUGACACUCCGACCCAUAACCACCAGCAGCACUCAUCUCACCUCUACUCUGACUCAGCAGAUGAGGACAGCAGCAGCAUUGGUCUCCCUCCGGUUCACCCUGCUCCCCCAGCUCAUGCCCUGUCUGAGCACAGUGGUAGUGACCUCAUGAAGAGGGCAGUGGCCUUCCUGCGGCGCACUGGUCGGAGCAAAAGUGAGCAGAGCUCGGAUUCACCAAUCCGACAGCCCGUGGCAAUGAAUGGUCACGCUCCCUCGCCUUCUGCAGGACAUGCCCACUCAUCCUACAUCAGUAGUGACAAUGACUCCGAGUUUGAGGAUGCAGAUAUGAAGAAGGAACUACAAAAACUCAGAGAAAAACACAUGAAGGAGAUCUCUGAGCUGCAGGCAUUCCAGAGGAGUGAGAUUGAGCAUCUGUACAAGGAGCUGGGCAAAACUCUGCCUCCCAACGUCGGGUUACUUCAUGCAGCACCCCCAAAUGGCCGCAGGCGUCGGGCCAGCAAACACAAGCUAAAGGCUGGAAAACUGCUCAACCCGAUGGUGCAGCAGCUCAAAAACAAUCUUAACACCGCCACUGAGAGUAAAGGUGAGAGUGCUGCCAGUUCAUCCAGCUCCCCGGCUAAAAGUUCAGUUCUGUCUGAUGGCUCUGCCCACUCCAGUGGUAGCUCUAGCUCCAGCUCCAGAAAUCAGCCCCACACUGCCCCAGAGCAAGUUCACACUCAGCAGCCCUGUUCCCUGAAGGGCUCUAUCUCCUCAGACAACAUCUACGCCGGGCUACAUGGUGAUGGAAUGGCCACCCAAGCAGGCCCUGGCCAAGGCUGGACGGUUUACCACCAAACGUCAGAGAGAGUCACCUAUAAAUCUAGUAGCAAACCACGCACUAGAUUCCUCAGUGGACCUGUGUCUCUGUCCAUCUGGUCCACUCUGAAACGACUAUGUCUAGGCAAAGAGCGCAGUAGUAGGUCUUCUUGCAGCGCCACCGCGGCUCAGGCAGCCUCCGGUCAGACACAGCCAUCACACACCACAGCCACACCCUCACCGUCGGCUCAGCCUAUCACACGGCUCGCUCAGGUCCAGACCAACAACAGCAACAACAAGAGAGGCACGUUCACGGACGAUCUUCACAAACUGGUCGAUGACUGGACGAAGGAGACUGUGGCAGCAGCCAAUCAACCACGACCCUCCCUGAACCAAAUCAAACAACAGAGACGCCAACGGGACCUGGAAUGCAAAGCUCCUCCGCCCAUGGGAGCAGCUGCACAUGAGAUGAAAUGCCAUGUUGGCACCAGCAAGUUCCAGUUGCCUCUUUCCUGCCCCCUGACUGCUGCUUUGGGACCUGCUCUGCCCACAGGCCUAACUCCCAACUCCUCAGCAAUGCUCCCUCCUGGGUACCUCCUGCCCCCAGGCCCUCUUUACUCUCAGCAGUGGCCUGGUGUGCCUAGUCCUGUAGGGUCAGUGGGUCCUGUGGGCCAGCUCGGUGCUGCAAGAAUGAUGCCCUAUACCACAAUGGCAAACCCAGGGAUCCAAAACUACCCUCAUAUCAUGCACAACCCCGAAAACGGCCCCUGUCCGAAAACCACUAGGACUACCUAAUCUGCUAACUACAAUUCGGCGUGUAUGGACGAGUCAGACCCCACUCUGUUCAGGUUCACCAGAGCCGCAACUGUACAUAAUCUGAAAUUGUAAAUAAUAUGACAGUGUUGAUAGUCUUUAUACAACAUAUAUAAUCAAUCUGCCACAACAUUAAAACCACCUGCCUUGUAUUGUGUAUGUCCCCCAUUGUUUCAACAAAAGAAGCUCAGCUCAAUCGAGACAUGGACUCCAUACGACCUCUGAGCGUGUGCAGUAUCGAGCACCAAGAUCUUGGCAUUAGAUCCUUUCACUCCCUUAUGGUGCGAAGUGAGGUGUCCUUGGAUGUUUUUCCAGUUUUCCCACAGAUGUUAGAGGCCAGUCAACGCUUUGAACCCUGUCAUGUUCCUGGAGCCUUUCUUGAUUCAUUUUUUUUGCAGUGUAGCAGGGCACAGUUUCCUUGCUGAAAGAAGCUAGUGACAUCAGGGAGUACCGCCAUGAAGGGGCGUACUUGGUCUGCAGCAAUGUUAAGGCAGGUGGUACAUGUCAGAGUAACAUCCACAAGAAAUUACAGGACCCAACAUUGCCCUGAGCAUCACACUGCCUUCACCGGCUUGCCUUGCCCUUAAAGAUGCACACGCACCUCGCGUAAAAAGGAAACAUCAUUUGUCAGCCCUUCUUUCUUUGCAUUUGGUCCAGUUCAGACUCCCUUUUGGCAGGUGGAUGGGGUUCACCGCGAGCACUCGGACUGGUCUGUGGCUCAAGGCUUCACCUGUCACUGGUUUUAAUGCUGUGGCUCAUUGGUGUAUAUAUGUAGUUAAAAUGUGCGUGCUAGCGCGUGCGCAUGUGUACAUAUGUGUGUAUACUACACAGUACUUGUUAAGAAUGUCUGAAUCCCUAAUGCUUUUUGGCUCUGUACUUUACUGAACUAAGCCAUACAACACAUUUUGUCUGCAGUCAAGCAAAAAUAUUUCACGAUUUUCUUUACUGCUGCAGUUUUCACAUUGAUUUUGUUAUGUACAAUUUUUAAACACUACAUUGGAAUCCAAAUACCAGUGGUGUGAAAAGCCGUAACAGGACAGUAUUAAUGAUGAAAAUAUUUGAAGGAAUGUGUAGUGCCUUGAACAUUGAUUUUUUUAUUUUAUUUUCUUCUUUGUAAACAAAGCAUGUCGGCGUCCAAGUUAUUUUAAUUGAUGGUAGCUUGAGUGCAGUCUCUUUUUUUUUUUUAUGCAUUACAGACACUUUUGUUUUUGGUUUACAUACUAAUGCCCUUGUAGUACUGCACUAUUAACAAAGCAUAUGCUCUUAUUUAAGUAAUAAAAUCAUAUUUUAACCUUUGUUUACUUUCCACCCCUGUGACAGAUGGAAUGCCAUAGUGGUGAGACGUACCGUUGCCUUGUAGAUACAAAUGGUUAAUGUGCGACUGAUGAGAGGAGGAAAAAAUAAUUACGCCAGAAGCCAAAAUCCACUCUUUCAGGUCGAAUGGUUCAGUUGGACACUGCCUGUUUUUUGCAAAGACAGCACAGGGGUUGGUAGUGUAGUAGCCUUGUGCUCGAAGGAAAGGCAGUGUCCAGAGCCAUUUCUAUACUAGACAUAGUUCUUUCUACAGUAUAUGCCUCUGGUAGUGUUCUGAUCAGAAUGUAGCAAUUAAUGUGAUGGCUUGAGGCUUAAAAGUGCAAUUUAACCCCUCCACAAAGCUUUGAUCGUGGCCUUGCCACAAGCCUUAUCUCCAAUGUGUGCGACAGGAGCAAGCUGAACAGUGGAACCAAGUGACAAAUCACCCAGCAACAGACAGAAGUUACCAGGUAAAAAUAUAAAUAUCACAAAUCACCCAACAAACUCUUGAAUUCACUCCUGCUAAAUGUUCUUUCAACUCGGCUGUCCUACUACUCAGCAUAAACUGUAUGUCAAAUGUUCAGUGCAAUCACCAGUCAAGUCUGAUGUUUUUAACUUAUUUGAUGUUUAAAGGUUAUUCUUUUUCUUUUGAUGGCUGCUAUCAUCCAAGGUGAUUCCUCUGUACUGUUAAGCAUUUGAUUCACACAAGAGGGUACUUAAAAAAUGAGACUACUCAAAUUAAAUUAACUAAUGAGAUGCUCACACAGCAGUGUUAUUGCCUUGUUGAAUUUUUGACAAUGUGUUGAUUUCCCAGGUUGCUUUGGAUAACAGCCUGUUUUUUUUUUCUUGUCAGUAAUCUAUUGCAAAAUUCAAAUGAUACUUGAUGUGGGAGAUUUGCACAACUAAUAAUCUCUUAAUUCUAACCUAUGUUAAAGUGUUUCCUAUACUGUAUAUAGUUGGUUUCAACACCUCUCCUUUUCUUUUUUUUUUAUCACUGACAAGCAUGGCCAACUUUACAUGUUCCACAAAGCAAAGAUAAACAAUACAGCUACUACGGUUCUGAAAAUUUCACAUCUCCACAACACAAUUGAAAGGUUUCAGCACCCCAAUCCUUCCAAGCUGUGAACUGUACAGUUUUCUUGUAGUUUAUAUUUGUACAUUUUGUUUGUUUAACUGUUUCAGGGGUGGUGGUGGUGGUAGUGGUGAUGUUGGAGGGGUUGCUUUGAUGUAUAUUAUUCCAUCAAUUCGGUUUGAAUUGGACUUUUAUAGGAUAUUAUGCAGAGUCUUCUGCUUUGGUGAAAUACUUCCAGUAGUAAGAGAUUUCUGUUCUCUGUCACUUGUAUUUGAUAUAUUUUGUUCCACCUCCAUCGCUGCCACGUCAUCGUUAGCAGUGGAGGGAAUAUCUAUUGUUGCCAUAUUCAUUUGGGUGCAGGAAUGGAACUGAGAGCUGAAGUGCACCGUCCUGACACUUCCCACUCUGCUCAUCUCACAUCUCUCUCUGCACAGCAUUGCCCCCUGGUGAAUAUGCUCUGAUUGUCAAAGGCUUGUAUUUAAACAGUGUGGGAUUGCUUCUGCCUGCUGUAUGACCCACUGCAUUACCCCCACCCUACCCUGCUGCACUCUAAUCACAGACUGUAUGUUGAGAGAGAAAUAAAUAUUAUUUUGUGCUUGA